AUCGUGUUUGCUCACUUCUCCAUCAGCUUAGCAACCGGAUUGUGUUUUCCCACCGACAGUACAUCAAAUCCUGUCUCUAUAAUUUUUCCAAGGAUUUUUUCUGUUGAUAUUAUCAGCAUAUUACGUACUUGUCGAAGAAUCUCGUGUGAAAAAUGAGUAUUACACCCAGUGAUGAAGGGGAUCCGGCGGAAGUCAGGAUACAUACGGAAGCUAAUGGGGCAGGCCAUCGAGUGUCAAAUAUGCAGAAUAUCUACAAUAGUCAGCAUAAAAACGGGGUCGCUGGAGUUGUCACGGGCGUAGUUGGCACCGUGAUCGCCCCGAUGAAGGAUCCUCUGUGGUUUAAAGGCGCCAACGCGUACGCCACCAAGAAAACCGUCAUAACGGCUUUGCUAACCAUCACUUUACUGACCUCCACCGCAGGGCAACUGAAAUCCUUGAUGCGCGUUAAUCCACUGUAUCCCUUCUACAAUACCGUUCUGGGGCUGCUCAUCACCAGCAUCCUGCUGGAGAUCGCUGCUGGUAUUAUCCUGUUCUUUGUCGGUCGCUACAAUGUCCUGCAGGAGGAUCAGCGGGCCCGCUGUGAACUGCUGAACAAUGCGCUCCUGGGCAUUGCCGUAAUUCUUUUGAUUUUAAAUAUCAUGAUUAGUGCCUUCGGUAUUGAGGAGUUACAGUACUUCCCACCGGGUUACUUCCAAUAUACUAAUACGUACCCGACGGUCACCGUGCGAACCACUACAACGGCCCCGCCCAUACCCACCGUGGCGGCGGUCCGGUGGAGCUUCGAAUCCAAUCGCACGUUUUAAAUGGUUGUUUCAUCGUUUUCCUGCAGUUCAUUACGCGUUUGAGUGACCUUUGGCUUCCACAGCAAUAAUGCCGUGUCAAUCAAUUUUAUCACGAUAAUUUUUAUUAGCGUUUUCAUUGUUUUAUUAAUUUCCUUCAUUGUAAAGUAUGCCAUUGCGUUCAUAUAUCUGUCUGGUAAUUCCGUAACUGUGUCUUCGAUUUUAAUAAUUUUGUAUGAUAUAAGCGAUUCGAUUUGCGCCAGUUAACCGUGCCUAAUACGUACUGUUUCGCCUCAUCCGCUUGGGGAGCGCCUCCUUCUUGCAGUCUCUUUUUCUUUCUUGCUCGACCUGGUAUUGUGUCCAGGUUGGAUCGAAUUGUGUUUUUCCUUUGGCUGGAGCAAAGAACGCGCGCCUGCGUGCGUGUGCCGUCGGGCUGUGCCGGUAGUGGUUCGCAAGGACAGAGCACAAUGUAACGGUGUGUUCGAGUAAUUGUUUUCAUUGAUUACCUAUAAUCCAGUCAGUGCUGCCGGCUGUGCACAUCUGUUUUCCCAAGCCGGGUUACGCGCUCACGGGCAGAUGAUCUCCGGGGAUAUCGAUUUUCUGUCAUUACCGGUGUGGGGCGAUUAUGUCUCUUGACCUACCUAAAUGAAAUUAUGAUUGCUGGCUAUUGCGGAAAAAUAUCGUUUUUUAAUACGUUUUACUUGAGAGUUCAUACCGUCUGAAACAAAAACAUAAUCAGUUGACGAUCUUGGUGCUGGUAUUGGUCAUGAUAAUCGGAAGUAAAG